GCGACUUCAGGCGUCUCGCGCUGAUCGGCCUAUCAGCGCUGCUUGCAUCAGCGGACCGGUUGGAGACUGCGGAGAGACGCUUGCAACUGGAAGCGGGCGUCGACGCGACAUCUGCAGAGUCCUUGGGCACUGCCUCUUCGUCGCGGCGAUCGCAGACCCUCCCUGACUACUACCAGCUCUUGAGUGUCAGUAGGGGCGCGGAGCUGAAGGACAUCAAGAAGUCCUACCACCAGCUGGCCAAGAAGUACCAUCCGGACCGCAACUUCGGCAACGAAGGCGCUGCACAG